AUGCAGCAAGCAAUCCCCUACAGAACCAGUCUCCCUGCCGGCCUAUCACCAUCGCCGUCCGAUGACGAUGUGGUCGUGAGAAUGGUUUCAGAGAAGGCAGUGAUCAUCAUAGGCAGACGUGGCUGCUGCAUGUGUCACGUCGUCAAACGGUUGCUUCAGGGUCUGGGCGUCAACCCUCCGGUUUAUGAACUUCACGACGACCACGAAGCCAACAAAGUGGCCGGCGAGCUAUCGAAGAAGCUUUUUGCUGAUUUUGACGGCGGAGAGGUGCAGUUUCCGGCGGUGUUUGUGGGUGGGAAGUUGCUCGGAGGACUGGAAAGAGUGAUGGCCACUCAUAUAUCAGGUGACUUGGUUCCUAUUUUGAAGGAUGCUGGCGCCUUGUGGCUCUGA